GUGGCACUGAAACGGGUGAACGAUCAUGGAACAGUAUAAAAAGAGUUCGAGAGCUGUGGCAACGCACUUCUGACGAGCCCUCGGAUCUCCUGCAGUCAAGAUGGCAUCGUAUCUCGCUGUAUUCCUCGCACUUGCAGUCGUGGUUGCCCCAGCCGUGGCGGAUACCUGUACCAUGUGCAAAACCACCUUUGACAGCGUCUACAGCUCUUCAUCAACAACCAAUGCCCAGAAAUGCGACGCUAUUAAGAAGUACGGAGGAUGUCUAUCGUCAGCAAGCGGAGAUGGCUGUACCACUGUGAUAACGAGGGCAGGCGAAGCUACGGCCGGAGUGAUCGCCCUUGCCACUGCAGGAUACACUUGUACAAUUACAACUACUUGUACUUGCGAGCUCGCAUAUCUGGGGGCCACAAUGACGACCAGCGACAACAAAUGUGUAGCUGCAGCUAACUUCGUCCGCUGUGCAUACGGCACUACCACCGCCGGCUGUGACUCCACCAAGACCAGCGCUGUCAUGAGGCAUGUGGCAAGGACGAAGGUCACAGCGUACUGCGGGUGUGCCGCGGGCAACGCCGUUCGAGUCUCCUUCAUCAGCUUCGUGUUUGUUGCUGUCGGGAUGCUUAUGAAGAACUAGCACGUCUGAAGCUAGAUCACUACCUUCCGCCAGGAGGCGCUGGGUGCUUUCCUCAUUCCUUAAUCGGAAUUUAUCCAUCUUUAUAAAGUUCGCGUACCUCUCUUCUCAAUAUCUGUCGUCCUAUUUCGGCUGGAACAACAUCCCCAGCAGUCCAAUUCCCGACAACGCGAAUGACGUGUAAUUUGUACAACGAGUUUCACUGAAUAAACGGCCUUGUCUUGGA